CGAAAGGGCUUCAACUUUUAGGCCUCAAUGAACUGAUCUUAUCUGAUGGGGCAAGUAAGGUUAGGUAUCGACAAUCCCGGCGUUGCCACGAUGCUUUAUCCACCCGCCCCUCACGGCUAUCUCUGCAACCUCCGUCAGGAAUUAUUACCACCUGCCUGCUUCGUCCCCCUUCAGGCCGUUUAGAACAUCGUUUUUUUGUCUUCGGAACCGCAGUGCCUCGAUCUCCUUCGUGCUCAGCAGCGGCGGGAUUUCCGACAAACCACUUGCGUCAGCAAUUCGCAGGGGGUGUGCUGCGCAUACUCUCGACUAGUCUUGCAUCCCACAUCAAACAUGCAUAAGUCGUCCUGCCUAGCGUUUGAAAUUUGAUUUGCUGUUCUGGGCCGUCUCCCACGCGUUUCCCGACUGAUUAUUCCAAUUCUACUCUCGUGUGGACGUCCGCUGAGCCAACCCGCGCGUGUCUGUCCUCCGUCCGAGAUCUUUGAUGCCGCAGCCGCAGCCGCUGCAGCCUGCCAUGUCUUCUGACCCUUGUACUUCCUUUCGGGCGCUAAUCUGAUUUAUCUUCUGCUUCUCACUCUCCUCCGUUCUUCUCCCUUCAAUCAUCUCAGCAGCCCAUACCCAUUCAUCUCCCACACAACUGGCUGGCCCGGGCAACCUUGCCGAUCUACACCUGCUUGGAGGCUAGGCUAGUUUUCGACGUAAUCUCCGCUGCCUUGCCUAACGUUUCACGACCGGCUACCCACCUGAGACUCGAGCCUUGACCGCCGUUCCAUGGUCACAUCUACAUUUUGGAGCGAUCGUGCCCUGUCAUACAUGGCUGCUGGCAGCAGCGAGACGAGACAACCCGUGAGAGCUUUCCCGUUUCCGCCCGGUGGAACCCAUCUCCGUAAUGCCCUUUAUCGAUCCCCGGUCCGGCCCGUCGUACGGUGCACUAGACCAUGAAGAACGGUACAGUGACGAGGAGAGGGAUGCACUCUUAUCACCCGAGGUUGAGGCCCAAGACUCUCGCCGGGAUGCGGUAGAGACUCCAGAAGAGUUCCAGGAAGGCGUUCGGAAGAUCGAAGCGAUCAACCUGACAUGGACCACGAGGUCUCUAGUCAUAGCCUACAUCAGCAUAUUUCUGAUGGCCUUCUGCGUAUCGCUAGAAGGUCAGACCAUUACAUCGCUCUCAGCAUAUGCCACGAGUGCCUUCAGUAAACAUUCCCUGAUAUCGACAGUUCUUGUCGUGCAAAAUGUAGUCAAUGCCGUAAUCAAGCCACCAAUGGCUAAGAUGGCAGAUGUUUUCGGUCGGUUCGAGGCGUUUUGCGUAAGCAUUCUUAUCUAUAUUCUUGGGUAUAUCCAGAUGGCUGCCUCGACGAACGUCCAGGCCUAUGCAUCUGCUCAGAUAUUCUAUUCUGCAGGAUCGACAGGUUUGCAGAUUCUUCAGCAAGUCUUCAUUGCAGAUAGCAGUGACCUACUGAACAGGGCGCUGCUGGCAAUUUUGCCAGAGCUGCCUUUCCUCGUCACCGUCUGGAUAGGUCCGAUGAUAGCGGAGGAAGUCCUCAAACAUGCGUCGUGGCGUUGGGGUUACGGCAUGUGGUCCAUCAUCCUGCCUGCGUCCUUCCUUCCGCUGGCCUUCUCACUACUGCUGAACCAGCGAAAGGCAAAGAGGCUAAAUCUACUCAAACCCAGGCCUAAUCGGCGUCCGGGAUUUUUCAAUGCUGUGCGGCACACGUGGUACGAUCUCGACGUGUUUGGUCUAUUGCUGUUGUCUGCCGCAGUCACCCUGAUUCUAGUGCCUCUUACCCUUACAGCCAAUGCGCAAAAUGGAUGGCACAACAAGGGAAUUAUCGUGAUGAUCGUGUUGGGGUUGGGAUGUCUCUGCGCAUUACCUUUCUGGGAGACUUCAAAGAAGUUGGCCCCCAAUCCCCUUUUAUCCUUACAUCUCCUUAAACAAAGAACUGCUCUUGCUGGCUGUGCCUUGGCAUUCUUCUACUUUAUGGCGUUCUACUUCUCCGUCCAGCCCUAUCUCUAUUCUUACCUCCAAGUGGUGCAAGGAUAUGAUGUCACUACCGCUGGUCGCGUGACACAGACCUUUGCAUUCACAUCGACCAUUGCAGCGUUUGGCGUGUCGAUUCUGAUCAAGUACACGCGUCGGUACCGGAUUUUUGUUACUGUAGGAUGUGUGAUCUACAUAUCGGGAAUUCUCAUGAUGCUUCUCUAUCGACAAGAAGGAAACUCGCCAGCACAGAUCCUUGGGACCCAGAUAAUUGUGGGUAUGGGAGGCGGAUUGCUGAACGUGCCGGUUCAACUGGGUGUUCAGGCAUCCGCCAACCACUGGGAAGUCGCAGCAGCUACUGCGAUGUUUCUAACGUCGAUGGAGAUGGGCGGGGCAGUAGGCGCCGCGGUGUCUGGGGCAGUCUGGGCCCGUUAUGUCCCGGCAAAGCUCCGUGAGUAUUUACCUGCGGAAAGCCAAGCAGACGCCGCAGAGAUCUUCGGCAAGAUCACUAAGGCUCUGUCCUAUGAUCUGGGGACCCCUACGCGGAUCGCGAUCAACCGGGCGUACCAGGAGACGAUGGACAAACUGCUAUGCCUGGCCCUGAUUGCCAUCAUACCGCUCGUUCCACUGAGUCUUUUGAUGGUGGACUACCAACUGGAUAAGAUUGGUCGAGAACCAGAAGGAGAACCAAUCCCGGUUGAGGGGGAGUUGGGCGAGGACGGACGGCCCAAGCAAACUUGACGAUCCGUGGAACAGUUGUUGGGAGGUUUUUUUGGAUUUGCAUCGAGACAAAAACUCGCACAAUGUGCAUGUCGUUAUAGACCAAGUCUCGAAGGGAUAUUAAAUAAAUCUUACAUUGUAUAGACAGAGUACCAUCUGAAUGAAAUGAAAUGAAAUUCCGUGAAGCAAGG